AUGCUCCCAAGAGUAAAUUUAUCUUAGAUAAAAAAAAUUUUGUUUUCCCUUUGGCCUUAGAACGCACGAAAUCACCCGUUUUAUUAACUCUUUCUCGGACAGUUCAGAUCGCUUGGGAAAGCUAGACGAUACGGCGCACACAGCAACAAGAGCGAAGAAGAUGAACACAGACAUCACCGCCUCGGCGAAGCCCGAGUACCCGGUCUUAGAUCGCAACCCUCCAUUCACCAAGGUCGUCGGCAACUUCAGCACCCUUGAUUACCUCCGAUUCGUCACCAUCACCGGCGUCUCCGUCACCGUCGGCUACCUCUCCGGGAUAAAGCCUAACAUUAGGGGACCAUCGAUGGUGACUGGGGGUCUGAUAGGGCUCAUGGGUGGCUUCAUGUACGCUUACCAGAACUCGGCCGGGAGGAUCAUGGGGUUCUUCCCCAACGACUACGAGGUAGCUCGGUACAAGAAAUAGAAGCUAGUUUUUAGUUCAUUUGAAUCUGAAUUUAGUGGAAAACCUGAGCGACCCUUUUGGGCGUUUUGAUAAAGUUUGACAAUGUAUGACUCAUUUGAUGAUAAUGUUUGACGAUGUCCUUCUUGUUUGUGUUCGGUGAUUGUUUGAAAUAAUUCCCGAGUAAGUCUGUAAUUGCUGGACCCCUUAAUGGGUCAUUGAAUGGAAUAUACAUUUCUGGCGAA